GAAUAAUAAUUAAAUCGGGAAAAAUUAAUUAAUAGUCUUUCUUUAUUAAACUUAAUUAUUUCUGUAAUUGAGAACGCCGUCUCCCUCUUUCUUUCCAUUUCCUUAGCGGCCGCCCGAGGUGUCACGGGGCGAUGUCGGUCGGCCCCUUGCGUCUCCACUCAAAUUUUUCCAUCAUCGGGAACUCAAUAAUUUAUUCGGGAAUUAAAAUAAUUAAGCUCCAAGCUCGAAUCCUCAAAUAAAUUCCACUCCUACAAUAUUUAAUUUCCAAGUCCACUAGUUUAAUUAUGUAGCUCAAUCCAACAAAAUCUCCCGGCCCAAAACAUAAUUAAAUAAAUGACCCCAUGGUCCAUUUCAAUAAAUGAGGCAGCCCAUUUAUUCCCUCCAUUCAAUUCUGGGCCCAAAUUCCUUUUAAUUAAUUAUUAGCCCAACUACUUAAAUGGAAAAAGAAAAGAGGCAUGAAGCCCACAUUCAUACUCUCUUUCGUCGUGCAUCCCCCAUUCAUAUUCUCUUUCUCCCCUUUUUCUCAUCUCCAAUUUCCAAUCCCUAAUUUGGAGAACACUGUGGCAGCGGUUCUUUUCCCCCUCUCGCCGACCCUUCUCCUUCCUCAUCCCGGAGCCAAACCGACGAGAGUCGGUCGCCACGCUCACGCUCUCCUCCGAUCAUUGUCACCGGCGUCGAAUCCUUUCUCCCGACGAGGUUGCCGACAGAGAAGGCGUCGCUCCCUGCCUCCCUGCGAAGUUACCAAUAGGAAGGAGGCGUCGCCUCCCUUCCACGGCGUCGAUACCGACCGCCGCUGCCUCCAACUCCUCACCGCCGAUCCUCCGUCGCUGCUGGUGGCCGUCGUCCAGCAACCGUCUCGGCUGUCUGAAAUCAGCCGCUGCUGCUGCCGCUGCAUAGAGCCGGCUGUUUGUUCGCCGCUGCUCCGUCGGUGGUCGUGCAGCCCCGAAACAUCACGGCAGCCCCCGAUUCGUCCCGAAACCAAUCCGAACCACCCCGAAACAGCCCCGAACAAAAAGGUUCCGAUUGUUCAAUUCGCAUGGUAUGAUCAGUUCAAGUUUGUGGUUGUCCGCGUUGAAGUUCCCGAUUUUCAUUAGAACACAGGAUGUAUAGAUUAAAUUUUGUUGGACUUUUGUUGGAUAUAUCGGACAUAUAAAUUUUUAUUUUGGGAUCUUAUUUAUUUAUUUAUUUAUUAUAUAUUUAUUUAUAUUCA